AUGGAUAAAACUGAUACCGAAAUAGCCCCAUCAAAGGAGACAGGUGACAUAUCCGAAACCUCUGCAUCCGACCUCAAUUCACAGCCUCUCUCCGAGAAUGAGAAAUCCCCUUCCCAUAACGAGGAAAAGGAAAACCUUCUGCAGCAGCUCAGGGAAACGAUUGCACAUCAUGAGUUGGAUCCGAAUUUCCCUGUCGAUUUUUUCGACCGAGUCGCUCCCACAUCGGAUAGGGAGACCGCAAUUACGGACGUGUCUGCCCUUCAAAACGCUCAUGAUCAGCUUUUCGGGGACUCCCCGUACCAGGAAGUCAAGGCUAUUGUGGAUAAUACCGAUGACCCUGAAUUACCUGUAAACACCAUCCGAGCCUGGAUCUUGGGUAUUACAUUCGCUGUUCUCGGUACAGGUAUCGACCAAUUUUUCUCUCUCCGUCAGCCGGGGAUCACCAUAAGCGCCUGCCUCGCCCAGGUGCUGUCAUACCCAAUUGGGGUGUUUAUGGCUAAGACUUUGCCGGCGAAGCAUGUCGAUAUCUUUGGACGGCGCAUCAGUCUGAACCCCGGACCCUUCAACCAGAAGGAACAUAUGCUCGUAACGGUCAUGGCCAAUGUGGCCUAUGGAGGUAUGGGCAAUGCUGGGGCUGUGGCGCUCAUCCUGCAGGCGCUGAAACUGGAUAUUUUCUAUGGUGUGAAAGACUUGGCCAAUAGCGCAGAAUUCCAGAUUCUCCUGGCCCUAUCAAUCAAUCUAACUGGGUUUGGAUGUGCUGGGAUCCUGAGACGGUUUCUCGUCUACCCACCAGCCAUGCUGUGGCCGGUGAAUUUGGCGCAAAUCGCACUGAACAGAGCGCUCCGCGACAGUGGCUCGACUGAGAGUGCGAAUGGGUGGCAGAUAUCCAGAUAUCGUUUCUUUCUGUACUGCUCCCUCGGUAUGUUUGUUUACUUCUGGUUCCCGAACUACAUCUUCGAGGCUCUGUCCUUCUUCAAUUGGCCCACCUGGAUCUCGCCCAUGAACGUGACGCUGGCGAUUAUUUGUGGGAGUAUCGGUGGGAUGGGACUAAAUCCCUGGCCAACGUUUGACUGGAAUAUCCUGUCUUACUUUGGCGAUCCCGUGGUGACUCCAUGGUUCUCACUGGCGAAUAGGGCGUUUGGUACCUUCGCCGCUGGAUUCUUGAUCAUUGUUCCAAUCUAUUUCACAAAUAUCUGGGGCAGUGCACACUGGCCCAUCAAUUCCAACAGAGUGUUUGACGGCACCGGCGACGUCUACAACGUCAGCCGCGUACUUGACUCAGACUUUACCCUCAACACCAGGGGAUAUGAGGCCUACGGACCACCGUACAUGAGUGCGGCUCUCUCAAUCGUAUAUUCCGCCCACUUCGCCAUCUGUCCUGCAGUUCUGGUCUACGUGGCACUGCAUCACCGCUUCGAUAUAACGAAUGGAAUAAGCGCGGCAUUCAAGCGGAAGGUACCGAGUGCUUUCUACGAUGAUAUCCACAGCCGCUUGAUGAGAGCCUACAAGGAGGUCCCGGAGUGGUGGUAUUUGGCGACCCUGGCUCUCUCGUAUGCAAUGGGCUGCAUAGCCUGUCGGGUAUAUGACACUGGACUGCCAAUCUGGGGCCUCGUCGUAGCGCUGGGAAUUUCUCUGGUGCUACAGCUCCCGCUUGGGAUCCUCAAGGCCGUCACAAACACCGAGCUCAGCGACAACGUGGUUGCGGAGUUUAUUGCCGGCUACGUAAUUCCUAACCAACCGAUCGCCAAUAUGAUCUUCAAGGCAUAUAGCUCGGUCACUUGUUUGCAGGCAUUAUAUGAAAAUCCCUCCCGCACCAUGUUCACGGCCCAGAUCGGGGCAACGAUUAUCGCUUCGUUUGUGACUCUUGGCGCCAAUGCAUGGCAAAUGGCAAAUAUCCCUGACGUCUGUACGAAAGAUCAGCCGUCGAGGUUUACAUGUCCAGGCACACACACUUUCUUCAGCGCAUCAAUAAUAUGGGGACUGAUCGGACCCAAACGGAUGUUCAACAAUGGAAGCAUGUACCAGCCCCUCGAAUACGGAUUCCUCAUCGGCGCUCUGCUCCCCAUCCCCUUCUAUUUCCUCGCAAAGCGCUACUCCAAGUCCUGGCUACGCUACAUUAACAUUCCCGUGAUUUUAAGCGGAGGACUCAUGUGGGCCCCUUACAAUUUCAGCUAUGUCUGGCCUGCCGUUGUGGUUGGGUUCAUCGUCAACUACUACAUCAAGCGGAGAUACGCGGCUGGUGGAAAACAUAUGCCUACGGGAUGA